AUGAUAGCUAGAAUCAGGAAAAGUGUUACUGAGUCUCAUAAUUCAACAAAACCUGCUGUUGGAGAGGUUGAUACUAAUCCCCCAAUUCAAUCGGUUAAAGAUGUUGUUUAUCUAUUUGAUGAAGGUGUAUUCUCUGGUGAAAAUCCUAUUGUUAAGAAGUCAAAAUCUAAAUCUUAUUCUGCUGUCGAGGGUGUUUGGGCAAAGGAGACAAAACUUCACGUAGCACAGAAAGAGCGGAACCAAAUAAAGGUGCAACUGAAAAACGCGGAAACUACCAAGGCUGAAGUUCUAGAGGAGCUUGAAAAGGCCAAAACAACUGUUAUGGAUCUGAAACAAAAUAUUGAAGUUCUCACUGAACCGCGAGGAAUAGCAAUUCAGGCAACAGAAGCUGCAAAAGAGUCAAGCGAAAGGUAUGAAUCUAUUAUUAUAGAACUUGAUAGGCAUCUUGAUGCUGAUGAAGCAAUAGUUCUUGGUGCUGCUCUGCAUGCUGCAAAUAUAAGUGAUGGUAUCAAAUUAAACCGAAAACUAGGUAUGGUUGAUGGUUCCUUAUACAAAUUUGUGAUUGAAUUGAGUGGUGUCGAUCUUCCGAAAAGUGAAUGUUCUAGGCAGUUACUUGUACCUAAAAUGAAGAAACUUCCGAGUAAGAUGUUCAUAUCCAUUAUUCAUGACAAAGAUUUUGAAGUUUCUAUAGCUUAUGAAAGUAAACAUCUUUUGCCACCUGGUAUUACCUCUCCCUUAAAUGCUCAAUACCAGAUAUCUGGUUUAGCAGAUGCAAGUGGGAAAUAUUCGUCUCGGAAUCUAUUGUCCCCCAUUAAGGCAAUUGUACAUUUCUCUCUUAGUAGAAGCGAAGUUCUUUCUCUGGAUCGGGCAAACACUGUUGUUGAAAUAACAGAGUGUAAAGAUUGUUGA